UAGUACACAAUGUACUGACACUUCAGUCUGUGCCUACACCACUAUAGCACCUGUUGUUCGCAAAAAAAAGAUAAGAGAAUAUGUGACCAGGAGGAGGUAGAAUGGGGUUCAAAGUUAAGUUAGUUUUAGUGGUUCUUUUAGCUUUAAGUGUUAGUGUUAAAGGACAAGAUGUGGUCGAAACAGAAGACAUAAAAACUGUGAGUGAAGUAGAUAAUAAAAUAGAUGAUGAAGCUGAAGUUAUUUCGGAUCCACUAGUAGAAGAUGCGAUAUUAUCUGAACCAACGGAACCUACCGUCCAAAUAAAGGAUGUAUUACCUGAUCUCCCAGUUCUAGAAGUGAGGAGUGGGAAAUACCAGUUACUGGAGGAUACAAUAGCUGGAUCAGCUUUGGAACCUAUUGCGGGUUCCAUUGAUGCUAAUAUAGGGGAAAGUGAAAGACAGCUUUUGUUGGACCCGACGUCUACAGCUACUACCAACAAUGAAUAUGCACACAUCGACGGCAGAGUCCUUCCCGCCACUACCUAUCAGAACAAUGGACAGCCCUAUGUCAUCACGAGUGCUAGGCUCACCCAGAUCAGGUCCAACUUCUUGUACUGGUUCUACGACCAAGGCGGCACCGACAACCUGGGAGACUAUCAGAGAGACAUCCAUACUUCCACACCACAAAUUCAUAAGAACUUCAACUUCCAGCUGCCUUUCUUUGGGUUCAGAUUCAAUUACACUCGGGUCUCCAUGAAUGGUUACAUCUACUUCAGCGACCCUCCCGAUCACUACACGUACCCGCUUUCUUUCCCUGUCCGGGACUGGCCCAAUAUGAACGAUCCUUCAUUCAUUGGCAUCUUCUUCAGCAAGUGCCGCAUUGGCAGCAUGAGACCUGAGGACCCCGACCAGAGGCGUCCUGGUGUUUACUUCAGAAUGGACAGAGAUUUGCAGACCAGAACUGAUCAACUUGGAGUAGAGAUGCGGGAGCGAUUGACUUGGGAUAUCAGACAAGGCGUCAUCGGCUCUGAAACAUUUUUCCCGAAGCACGCAGUCACCAUCACUUGGAAGAAUAUGUCGUUUGCUGGUGGUAUCGAUAACUCGCUCUAUGUGACCAACACCUUCCAAAUGGUACUGGCUACAGACGAAGUGUUCACAUACGCGAUAUUCAACUACUUGGAGAUCAACUGGAGUUCACACACCGAAGCUGGAGGAGACACCACCACUGGAGAAGGAGGUGUUCCUGCUUACAUUGGUUUCAAUGCUGGUAAUGGCACUCAAAGUUACGAAUACAAGCCAUACUCUCAAGCAUCGGUGCUGCGAGACCUGACUGGAAGGGGUUGGGCCAACGGCUUUCCUGGUCGUCAUAUCUUCAGGAUAGACGAAAAGAUACUGAUGGGCACCUGUAAUAAAGAUAUUGAUGGUGCAAACCUUCCUCUAAUGUUCGCUCCUGAGAGUGGUAACAUGUUAGGAGGAACUAUCGUUAACAUCACUGGUCCAUGCUUUAAUCUUAACGACAGAAUCACCUGUCGUUUUGAUACUGAAUCAGUCAUUGGAGCUGUGGUUGAUGUGAACAGAGCCAUUUGUGUCCAGCCCCGGUUCUACCACAAUGGAUAUGCAAGAUUUGAGGUGGCCAUUAAUAAUGAACCCUUCAAGUGGAAGGGGAAAUUCUUUGUCGAAACACCUGGCACAGCUACUGAAAGAAUCUUCUUCCCUGACAACGCAAUUCAUCAGCCUUACCCACCUGAGAUCAAAAUAACAUGGAACCAUGCUAACUUGACGACCAACCAAAACGCCCAACUAAGAAUCAGCUUAUGGGGUUACAAAGAAGUAACGAUCAGACCACAACUGGAGUACAUUGAUAUGAUAGAGGCUGCAGUAGCAAAUACUGGGGAAUAUGUGAUUAAUCCACAAAACUUCAGAAAUAGGGAAAACAUUAUGCAUAAUGAUAUGCAGUUUGGUUUUCUGCAAAUCAAUCUCACCACGCCUGAGGAGUACAUGGGCGUAUCAAUAUCACCAGUGCUUUGGAGUCGUCCAAUUCCCCUGGGAUGGUACUUCGCUCCUCAAUGGGAGCGGCUUCAUGGCAACCGCUGGCCACAGACUAUGUGCAACAAUUGGCUAAGAACCGAUCGGUUCUUGAAGAAUUUCGCUUCGCAGAUCCCGAUAUGCCCUUGUACUCUUGAGCACGCGCUCUUGGAUAAAGGACGAUUCCUGCCUGAUCCUGCUUGCGAUAAAGACACAAAUCCCACGUGCAGAUAUCAUUGGGGAAGUGUGCAUUGUGUACGCAGCAGUGGACCAAGUGCGGAAGGUUCUGGACAGCAAUGCUGCUAUGACAAGAACGGCUUCCUCAUGAUGUCCUAUGAUCAAAUGUGGGGCUCCAGGCCACACAGAUCCCACGAUUUUGGUUUCACUCCCUACAACGAAGCUAACAAAGUGCCAUCGUUGUCUCAUUGGUUCCACGACAUGAUUCCCUUCUACCAGUGCUGCUCAUGGCAAGAAGAACAGGCUGUUGGUUGUGAAACCUUCAGAUUCGAGCGUCGUCCGUCGCAGGAUUGUGUCGCGUACCAGUCUCCUGGAGUGGCCGGUAUAUUCGGGGACCCCCACAUCGUCACCUUCGAUGACUUGCAAUACACUUUCAAUGGAAAAGGUGAAUACGUACUGGUCAGAGUAGACCAUCCUCAACUGAAGCUGGACGUCCAGGGUCGAUUCGAACAGGUCCCCAGAAACAUCUAUGGCCCAGUGAAUGCAACACACAUCACGUCCGUGGUAGCUGCUUCCAACAACUCAGUUCCUAUAGAGGUUCGCCUCCGACCUCAGCAUGCGCAGUGGCGAUACAGACUGGAUGUGUUUGCUGAUAAUAAGAGAAUUUACUUCGAUCGGUCCGCACUCCGAGUACAAUACUUCCCAGGUGUGACGGUCUACCAGCCCCUUUACGUGCUGAACCAGUCGGAGAUAGUGAUCAUGUUCUCCUCUGGAGCCGGUGUGGAGGUCGUGGAGAACAAGGGCUUCAUGUCUGCCAGGGUCUACCUACCCUGGACUUAUAUGAAUCAAACGAGAGGACUGUUUGGUAAUUGGUCGUUGGAUAUGAACGAUGACUUCACUAGACCAGACGGCACCAGGGUGGCGGUCGACCUAAAUAACUUCCAAUCAGCUCAUCGAGACUUUGCUCAGUAUUGGCAACUAUCAGACCGAGAGCAGAAAGAUAUAGGUGUGGCGCUGUUCACAAGAGAGUACGGACGAUCAGCCGCCUACUACAACGACAACCAGUUUAUCCCGAAUUAUAUACGAGAACCAGCCGACUUCUUGCCUGUCAACAGAACUCACGAUGUGAAUCGAGCUUUAGAGCUGUGCCAGGACUCAUAUCAAUGCCGAUACGAUUACGGAAUGACCCUCAACCGGGAUAUGGCAGAGUUCACGAAGAAUUAUUUGUCUUCGAUUACUAACAUCAAAGAACAAAACGCACGUCGAGUAAUCAGCUGUGGCGUCCUAGAAACUCCAAGAUUUGGUCGAAAGAGUAAUUUCUUCUUCACACCUGGUACUAGGGUUAACUUCGAAUGUAAUCAAGACUUCAUCUUGAUCGGCGACAAAAGAAGGACAUGUGAGGACAACGGUAGAUGGAACCUGCCCGACUAUGGUUACACGGAGUGCUUACGUAAUCAAGAAUACUCGCAACGUGCACUGUUCCUAACUUGGGGCGUCAUAAUCGCAGUUAUUCUACCAUUAGGCCUAUUGAUCUGCCUGCUUUGGUUCUGGUGCUGGUACAAGCCGAGAUCCGAAGGCAAAGAAGGAUUCCACAUAAGCGACAUACCGCGAUCUAAAUCAGCAUCUAGACUUAAUCUUAGAACAGCUUCAAUGGGAAAUAUAACAGAUCCUAUGAACUCGUCCACUUUACGUAGUAAUUCUGACAUCAAACCAAAAAUACCCGACACUCCUCCAACGGAAGCCACUCCUAUGACGCAAUCAGGUUUAACUAGAUCCGCUCCGCCUCCACCUGUGGACCCUCAGGAUGGAGACAGUUCAGGAUUAGGUUACACAGAUUCCAACAAAAGUGAUUCUGGAAAAUCUUCCCUAGGCAAAAAGCGACGAGCUUACGACAAAACUUACAGAACUCACGAACCAAUAAGGAACGCACCUAACUCAGAGUUUCCCGAAAAACCUUUUGACUUAUCGGAAGAAGACUUGUUAUCUCUGACUACACCGUCUGAUACUGAAUCCAACCAAGGUUCCACUUUGACCCGACCCGCAAAGGAUAUCGAAUACAUAAGUAAACCUCGUCAAACAGGCCGUAGAGCACUGCCAAGUGAUUCUGGUUAUUCAACCAAAGAAUCAGAGGAUCCUUAUUCUCCUAAAUACGGGGGACAGUAUAGUCCUGUGCCCUCUGCUCACUCUCCCACAUAUUCUGAGAUUUACUCGCCUCCACUUAGUCCAACGUCUGAUAUUAGUCCGAGGAGUACCUACAAUAACCCAGGCCUGCCUGACCCUCCAAAGAGCGCCCCUGCUCAUGAAAUAAAGACGUUCACUUUGCCUCCACAGCGAGGUAAGCAAGAAUACUCUUCGCGAACCCUAGGCGCUACCUGGGGCAUCAUCAGCGCUGUGAUGGUCCCGAUCAUUGUGUUCCUCAUCUGUGUCGGCUGGAGGAUCCUCAAGAGAAGGAAGGCUGAAGAGAAAGAGUAUGAUGACUUGAUGACUGUCAAGCGGAUCGAUCCAGACGAGUCAGUCCGAAUAAAUUCGGACGACGACAGUCUUCCGUACAAGAAGGAUAUCCCCGAAGAUAGUCCCGAACCGGAGCCUGAACCAACAGACCCCGUGAGAGUGGUGGAAGACAUCGGAAUACCUUAUGACCCCUCGUAUGACCCUCCGCCGCCGCCAGCGCCGCCUAUGCAAGACCAAGCCCGCGCGAGGCACUGGUCGGGAGAAACUGAAAUAAAUUAGAAUUUAACAUUAACUUAGUCAAUAAACAUUAAUUAAUUAAUAAACAUAAAUUAAGAAUUAUUAUAUACGGAUGACGUGUCGCUCUAGUUUUGGUUUAUUUAAUUUUUUUACAAUAUUUUUGUUUGCUAUUAUUUUGUUUAGGUAUACCGAAUUGACAUUUAGGUAGGUACUUUAUUUAAUUAGUGUGUAUUAUUCAUAAUAUUUUCGGCUAAGAAAUUUGAGAAAUAAACUGUAAAGUAAUCACAUUUUUACUACUUAAGAGUAUAGAUAUAGUUUUGCAAUUGCAAGAGUAGAGAAAUUGAGUUGAUAAUAUUUUUUAUGACAACACGCAAUGCAAGCCUUAUUUGUUCGACUAAUAUAGAUAAGAAUGUAAUUUUAUAUAGGUAAGUAAUAUCCGUACUUACUUGCAUGCGUACGCUAUUAGAUUAAAUAUUAAAGGAUAUUUUUAUACAUAACCUACUUUUUUUCGAAGUCUGUUAAUAAUGAAUUUUGUUAUCCCACCAUGUUUUAGUCAUUAAAUUCUUACUGAUUAUGAUA